UGUUACAUCACCAGCCCAGUCACAGUUGUGCUGAGAGCAGAGUAUGGCCCAGCCCAGCAGGUCUCCAGGGCAGCCCUGCCAGCCUGGCUGGCUGAGUUGAGCCACAUGUGCUCCAUGAAGUACCUUCUGGUGCCGCUGAUGAAUGAACUCAUGUUUUCUUUCCUGGUGUUCUGGCUCUGCCUGCCUGUAGGUUUGCGGCUGUUCUUGUUGAUUGUCUGGCUACGCUUCUUACUUAGCCAAGAUUCAGAGGAAAAUGACUCAGAUCUAUGCUUUGAUUGGGAGCCCUGGAGCAAAGGCCCAGCCGAGCCUGGCUGGGAGGGGACACUCCACAGCCAAGAGCGGGAGAAGCCCUGCUGGUGAGCCUGUUCUGCCAGGCAGAGAAACUGAAUCCCAGUGGCUGCAGGACACAGGCCUGUCAGGCCUCUCUGGUGACCUGGGCCUAGACGGUGAACAGCGGGGACUCCUGUGCACCCAUACACAGACCAGGUGACCCCUGUGUGCCACUGGCUGGACAUCUAUGCCUGGUCAAUCUGAAGACGACAUAAGGCACCUGUCAGAGAUGUCACAGACAUCUUCGGGGUCUUCAGUUCAGUGAAGUUUAGGAUCCCCAAAGGCAGACUUGGCUUCAGGAGAACAGGAGACUUGCCCUCGCAGGACGGGAAGAAGAUUCCUGCCUUGGCCGUCAAGAAGCUGACCGCGCUCUGUGACGUCCUGGGCUUGGACUGAAGAGGAGCGAGGUGGGAAAGUGGAAGGCAACGGGUCAGCAGUGCGGGCCGGCGGCUAAAGUACUGGCUGUCUCAUCCAGGGAGCCGCUGCUGUCCUGUUGGAAAAGAGAGGGCUGGACGUGGAAGGCAUCCCAGGGGCUCUGGAUCACAGGCUCAGGUCAAGGGGCUGGAACAAAAGCUGGAGACAGAUUUCCACACUGGCUUUUUUAGCUGGGAUGAGGUUUACCACAGUGACGCAUCUGAUUUGCUCAAAAGGUUCAUCAGAGAGCUGCCAGCACCUCGGCUCACUGCUG